CUCUGACGUGUGUAGCUGAGACUCAUAAAUGGCCUGUGGAGCAGCUAGAGGGGAGAGGAAGCCAACUCCUGAGCACCUGAGGUGGACCGAGCCCUGGAGACUCCGGCCAUGGGCUGGAACCUGAAGGUGAAGAUGCUGGGGGGCGAAGAGCUCCAGGUGCCCCUGAGUGACUCCGCCAUGCUGUUGGAACUGAAGCAGCAGAUUUUCCAGAAGAUCGGCGUGCCUGCCUUCCAGCAGCACCUGGCCCUGCCCAGUGGCCCCGUGCUGCAGGACAGGGUCCCUCUCACCAGCCAGGGCUUGGCUUCUGGCAGCACAGUCCUGCUGAUGGUGCAGAACUGUGACAGCCCCCUGAGCAUCCUGGUGAGGAACGACAAGGGCCGCACCAGACCCUACAGCAUCAGGCUGACGCAGAAGGUGGCGGAGCUCAAGGGGCAGGUUGCCCAGCAGGAGCACAUCCAGGAAGAUCUGUUCUGGCUGAGCUUCGAGGGGCGGCCCAUGGAAGAUCGGCAGCUGCUGGGGGAGUAUGGACUCGCCCCUCAGAGCACUGUGUUUCUGAACCUGCGCCUGCGCGGGGGCGGGGCCUAGAAGACCCAGGAGCCCCAACCGGGAUCAAGUGCUAGGAAUAAAGAUGAUGUAAAGGAUACACUGCCUUCUGUCUGUCUGCCUGAUCUCCCCCUCUCUCUGCUGAUGAAUUAGGAGGGACGAGGUCUGAGAGAGAAGUCAAGGGACCAGGUGUCACAGGGCCUAGUGGUCUCCACUGUGACUCUUCUCCCAGAAAUUGAAGGGAGACCUACUUCCACACCUCCUGGGGUCAAGGGGUCAUAUCUAAAGAAUGAUAAAGAGACACAUUGGCUGGGGCGGCCUGGCCAGGCUGAGCCACAGACUCACCAUGGCUCCACUUUCACCUUUGGGUGGGCAGAAUUAGGGCGGAACAGGUCAGGCCAGGUCAGGUUCCACAGGCCACAGUGUGUGGCUCCCUGGGAUCAGCCCCUCCCAAAGCCCAGGAAGCAGUGAGGAUGGGUCCUUAGACCUGUGGGUGGGAGGGACAGGGAGCCUCUGGCACAACACUGGGGGCUGCCACCUGCCCACCUGCUUUGUCCUGCCUGCAGUGAGGUGGGGAUGGAUGAAGGGGGCAUGUGUAUCCUCCAGAGAAAUGCCUAAUGAAGAGGCCAAGUGCAGCAGGCCGGGAAUUGGUGGUUUACCCUGUCCACCAGGAGAGCAUGUCCCAGACCUUCCCGG